ACUACGAGAAGUUAUUUGAAAUGUUUAAAAUCUUUCGAAAAUGGGAGGAAGAAAAGGAAAAAAACAAAAAAAAAAUGGUUAAGAAGAGGAUAAAGAAGGACUCGGGAAGUCAUAGAAUCUUGGAGAAGAAACUCAAAGAAAUUGAGUGUCUACUACAAGAAUUAUGUUUCGGCGAUGGUGAUCUUAAUCUGUACCGGAAAAUCCAACACCGGUUUAUUUUCACGAAGACUCUUUUAAGUGCAGAGAUAUCGUCGGUUAAGGACGAUGAAGAGGAAGAGUUGAAUCUUGCAUGCAUGGCUAAGAGGUUAACCGAACUUGAAGACGCUUUUGACAACAUUUUAACUGGUCCAACCAACGAGAGUGGUGGUGUUGAUCAUGUCAGUGUUGAUGAGACCGGUUCGGUUUUCUCUUUUGUCGAAUCGUUACCGGAAGAAUAUCAAGAUGCGUCAUGGGAGAAGACGGUUGAGGAAGCAGUGGCGGGGAGAGAAACCGGUGAGAACAGUAAGAACCGGUUUAGGUGUUUGGUUAGUUUUUGUAUUGUUGGUUUUGUUGCUACCAUGGUAAGUUAUUUUGGUUAUUUUUGUGAUCAAAUGAAUUGCGAGGAUACUAUCUUCCUCACCCCUACUUAA